AUGACGAACCGAAAAGAACGUAUUCGGGAAAUGGUGCUCUCUCUCAAUACCAUGUUUCCCGAAGUGAAUUUACAAGUGUUGCAUCAGGCAGUGAUUGAGAGUGAUCUUGAUGAGAGUUUGGCAAUUGAAAAAGUGUUGUUGUAUUGUGAUUCUGAGAAUGUUGAGGUGUUGGAUGAGAAGGUGGCAGAGGCUUUGGUGGAUCAAGUCAACUCGGAUCAACAACAACAGCAUCAUCAUCGUGAUGAUCAAGAUGAUGAAGAAGUGUAUGAUGGUAGUGAUGAUCAAGUGUAUGAUGAAGAGAUUGAGGAAGAGUAUGCCGAUCAUGAUGAUGAAGAAGAAGAAAUUAUUUAUGAUGAAGAAGAUGAUUCGGCCUUUGUAGUUGAAGAACCAAAGGUUGUAAAGGAAGAAAAAGCACCCAAGCAGUUCUUUAAAAUUCUUGGAUUUCAUGAAUUAUUGCAAGAUCAAGAAUCUGAGGUGAAACAAGUGGCGGACACCAUUCAACUGAAAAGCAAUGUUUUUGUUGAAGUGAUGUUGAAACAAUAUCGGUGGAAUUCAGAAAAGUUGAUUAGAGAUUAUGGCGAAUAUGGAUUGCAGUAUUUACUUGAAAAAUGUGGAUUGAGAAAUAAUGUUAGUUCUGAAGAUUCCAAAAAUGAAAUUGGAAUGUGUGAUGCAUGCUAUUCAGAUGAUGUCAAGUUAUACCGUUACGAUAUGUGUGGCCAUACAUUUUGUAAAAGUUGUUGGAAAGAUUAUAUUUGCACCUUUGUCACUGAAUCUGCCUUUAAUAACUUGAAUGUCAAGUGCAUGGCUUAUGGCUGUAAAUCAAUAUUGACUGAAAGCUACAUGCUAUCUUUCUUGGACAAAAAUAUUGAUGCAGAGCUGAUCAAUCGAUUCUACAAGACCAAAGUUGAUUCUUACGUCGCAGAUCAUUUUCGUUUGAAGUGGUGCCCCAACCCAAAGUGUGGUCAUGUGAUCAAAAAACUUUGUGACGAAAACUUAUUUUAUGUACUCUGCAAAUGCGGAGAAGAAUGUUGCUUCCACUGUGAUAACGAACCACACUUUCCUUGCCCAUGUGCUGUUUAUUCUAAAUUUAUUAGUGACGUAAAGAAUGAGACGGCAUCGCUUCAGCUGAUCAAAAAGAGUUGUCAACAGUGCCCCAAUUGCAAGACUGUUGUUUUUAAGAACGUUGGGUGUGAUCACAUUAAUUGUGUAUGUGGCAAGGAAUUUUGCUAUCGGUGUGGUGGCGACUUUACAGGCUACCAACAUGAUUAUGAGGCAUGUAUGAAACACGAGGCUAAAAAUGUGGAGUUGAAUGAAGUCGAAUUUGAAUUUUCCAUUGUGGAGUCACUGUACCAAAAAAUUACUCAAUUAUGGAGAAAGCAUAGAGAUUGGUUAGAGGAGCAAAAGACAACAAAACAUUAUCAACUACUAAUUGAUAACACAAAGAUACACACAGAAUACACAAUUUUCUCUAAAGAAGACUUUAAAUUCUUGAACUCAACCCUCAAGACAGUAAUUCGUUCGAGAAGGUUACUACGCUCAUGUUACGUUUUUGCGUUCAUGUUUUUUGGUUUUGACAAGGUAAAACUGGAGAAGCAGGUGCUAGGACAAUUUAGGAAUGACUUUAAAAAAGAAGUUGCAGCCUUAGAAACAUAUGGAUUGUUGUUUGACACUCACUUGGAUCGAUUGGAGACCUUUGUUUCACAGCUUUUAGUGAGCUUUGAUCUUACUCUUAAUACUAAACAAAGAGACAAGGCAUUAUUCCUCGAAAUGACCAACAAGACAAACCUUGUCACCAAAGAGCAACAAAAUAUUGUCGAGUUCAUUAACACUAGAAUGCUCAUGAAAGAAAUUUCGUAUUAA